AUGGCUAAGCCGGAGAAACAGGAACCCGAGCAGACGGAGAUGUCGACAGAGCAUUAUGUAUCGGCAUCUGCUCCGGAUCCCGAGUCGGGUGUGGAUCAAGCGGUGAUAGGUCCCGCGUGGAUGUACAAGCCAUUGUUCAAAGUGGGCAAGUGGGAAGCACCCUACUUUGCUUCCCCGGAGAUGCAACUGUACCUGGUGUCUUUUGUCUGCUUUUUAUGUCCCGGCAUGUUCAAUGCCGUCAGCGGCCUCGGCGGCGGUGGUCAAGUCAACACUCACGAUGUGAACAACGCCAAUACUGCACUCUACAGUACCUUUGCAGUAGUCGGAUUCUUUGCCGGAUCCAUUGCCAAUCGCAUUGGUCUGCGGCUCACUCUCUCCCUCGGCGGAUUUGGAUACUUCCUCUACGUUGCUUCUCUCCUCUCGUACAAUAUCAACCAGAAUGCAGGCUUCCUUAUUUUCUCCGGAGCCCUCCUCGGUGUUUGUGCUGGCCUGCUAUGGUGCGCCCAGGGUGCUGUCAUGCUCAGCUAUCCACAGGAGCAUGAGAAGGGAAAAUACAUUGCCAUAUUCUGGGUUAUUUUCAACUUAGGUGGUGUUAUUGGCAGCUUGGUCCCUCUCGGUCAAAACAUGCAUACAACCGCCGGCAACGUCAAUAAUGGCACCUAUAUUGCCUUCCUAGUUCUAAUGGCCAUUGGUUCCAUCCUGUGCUGGUGCCUCGUCGAUAGCAAGCACGUCAAGCGCAGGGAUGGCUCGCGUGUAAUUGUGGUCAAGAACCCGAGCUGGAAAUCUGAGUUCUUGGGCCUGUGGGAGACACUAAUCAAGGAUUCGUACAUUGUACUGAUGUUCCCUAUGUUUUUGGCUAGCAACUGGUUCUACGGAUACCACUUCAACGCAGUCAACCUCGCCUACUUUAAUGUCCGCACUCGAGCCCUGAACAGUCUUCUGUACUGGCUCAUGCAGAUGGUCGGUGCAUUCGUCUUUGGCCAACUGUUGGAUUUGAAGGGCCUCUCACGUCCGUGGCGUGCCAAGCUCAACUUUCUUGUUCUGCUCGCUGUCACCAUGGGCAUCUGGGGUGGAGGAUAUGCCUUCCAAAAGCAAUACACUCGGGAGACCAAGGGACUCGGCACCGAUUUCACCGACAGUGGUUACAUCGGGCCCAUGUUCCUGUACAUGUUUUAUGGAUUCUACGAUGCUGCUUUCCAGACUUGCACGUACUGGUACAUGGGUUCGCUCUCCAACAACAGCCGCAAGUUGGCCAACUUUGCUGGCUUCUAUAAGGGUAUCCAGUCUGCCGGUGCUGCUGGCAUGUGGAGCCUGGAUGCACAGGAAACCGCCUACAUGACCGAAUUUGCCUCCUGCUGGGGUAUACUCGUUGGUAGCAUGCUCUUUGCCUCGCCCGUGAUCUUCUUCAAGAUUAAGAACAGCACCGCUGUCGAAGACGACCUGCAAUUUUCUGAUGAAACUGCCGCCGAGGUCUUGGGACAUACCAAUGAACUGCAUGAUAUGGAUAAGCCUCAUACAGAAACACAUACCCCCGCGGAGACUCUCCGCGGGUCUCACGAGGAACCUACCACUAAACAAUGA